AUGACUGCGCCUGAAGCCUGCUGCACCGUUCCCCCGGUAAAAAGCAACUAUGAAUCCAAAGGCGAAUAUAUCCAAAUAACCGACGACCUUAAAGCCUACACCAUUGGUCCGAAAAAUGCCAAAAAUGCUGUGAUCAUUGUUUACGAUAUUUUCGGAUACCAUCCAAACGCAUUUCAGACGGCAGACAUUCUCGCAGAACAGUUGGGAUUUCGUGUUGUGAUCCCAGAUAUCUUUCGUGGUAAGCCGUAUACUGUAGAUCAGUUAAUUAGAGAUGAAGGUUAUGAAAAAUUAGCUAUCUGGUUAAACGAAGUGGCACCCGACCAAUCAGUUCUCAAUCAAAUCGAUGCAGUCGUGAAUCACUUGCGUAAAGAUGGAGCCGAGGAUUUCGGGUAUAUUGGAUAUUGCUGGGGUGGUAAAUUUGCUUUUCUUGUUGCAAAGCAAGAGACGUUUACUGCCGCUGUAGGAAUUCAUCCUAGUUUUACUACUGAGGAACACAAAAUUGGCAUCAAGAUUCCGAUUGCUUUGUUGCCGUCACGAGAUGAACCUGAUUUCGCUCCGUUCAUUGAAUCCUUGAAAAAAGAACCAUUCGGGCAGAAAUCCAUUCAUCAUCGAUUCGAUGACAUGCCUCAUGGAUUCGCUGCUGCUCGUGGCGAUUGGAGUGUCUCAUUGACUGCUCAACGUGCUCAAGAAGCUAUUCAACUUGCCGCUAAUUUCUUGAAAGAAAAUGUUGGUGUAAGAUAUAAAUAA